GCUAGCUCAAUAGCUUAGUCAUGAAUCGCCCGUGUGUUUGGGGACAAAGGCAACUGCACCACUGCUGGAUGUAAGGGCAGAGUCCAAGCCUAAUAAUUAUAGUAAUUAAUAGUGGAUUAACUCUGCAUGUGUCUGUUUUUGGCCUUUGUUCACCGCAGUCAACACGGCUUUGUUAAAGAUUAGGCGCUAGCUUUGCUCACUAGCUGACAGAGCCUGUGUGUCUGUGUUCUGUGGGGUUUGAAGGUGCUCCGGUUCGGGUUUGGCACGGAGCUGUCGCGAAACUGGCGAGGUGACCCAUGAUGAAUCGCUUCCGAAAGUGGCUUUAUAAGCCAAAGAGGUCAGAUCCUCAGCUGCUGGCCCAGUUUUACUAUUCAGAUGAGGAACUGAACCAGGUGGCCACUGAGCUGGACAGUCUGGAUGGCAGGAAAGAUCCUCAGAGGUGCACCUUGCUGGUCAACCAGUUCCGAUCCUGCCAGGACAAUGUGUUGAACAUUAUAAAUCAGAUUAUGGAUGAGUGCAUACCUGAAGACCGAGCCAACAGAGACUUCUGCGUGAAGUUCCCUGAAGAGAUCCGUCAUGACAACCUGGCCGGGCAGCUGUGGUUUGGAGCAGAGUGUCUGGCAGCAGGAUCCAUCAUCAUGAAUCGUGAAAUCGAGAGCAUGGCCAUGCGGCCACUGGCCAAAGACCUCACCCGCAGCCUAGAGGAAGUGCGCAGCAUCACCCGAGACCAAGCGCUGCGAGAUCUCGACAACUACACCGAUCGCAUGAGGGAAGCACUGCGACAGUUCGACAGCCUUUUUGCUGAGUUUGAGCUCAGUUACGUGUCAGCCAUGGUGCCUGUAAAGUCUCCUAAAGAGUAUUACAUCCAGCAAGAUGUAAUCGUGCUCUUCUGUGAGACAGUUGAGAGGGCUCUGAAGCUUGAGUAUCUUACACAAGACAUGAUUGACGACUACGAGCCUGCACUCAUGUUUACAAUCCCUAGACUUGCCAUUGUCUGUGGCCUUGUUAUCUACUCUGAAGGGCCUCUUAACCCGGACCACAAACCAGAGGACAUGUCCGAACUCUUCCGGCCUUUUCGCACUUUGCUGAGAAAAAUAAGAGACCUACUGCAGACUCUAACAGAAGAAGAGCUCGUGACGCUGGAGCGUAGCCUCUGCAUCUCUCAGGAAGGAGAAUUUACUGGAGGUCCCAGCACUUCCACUGAGAGCCAGAUAGAGACCCUGGAGAAGGAUGAUGCAGUUCAAGAGGAGGUGGUGGACCUCACACUCUGUGUAACCCAGGAAGAAGACACCGUAUGGAAGGAGGAAGAAGGAGGAAAGAGGCUACAGGAAACCCCUUGUGAAAGAGAAGAGGAGGGCACUGAUGAAGACUUGGCUUGCUCCAUGCAGUAUGAUGAAGAAGAGAUAGAGCAGCUCAAUAUGAUGGUGCAUCAAGUAGGGGAUGUAAUGUCCACAUUGCUUUCCCCUCCGAGUCAGAAUCAAUCUCCGGCCCACCGGCCUCAACCAUACGGAGGAAGCAGUUUGGGGGAUUCCAGUGCGGCUUCCAGCACUCAUGCGUCUCCUCGGAGGGGAGUACCGGGCUGCUAUCAUGACGACGAUAGAGUGUUCUUUAUGGAGGACUUGGAGGCUGGAGGAGUUGUAGGGGAAAGUGUAACUAGCAAGCUUUGCCGUGAACAGCUUCCCCUUCCUACUGUAUGCCUCCGAUCACCUGAGAACUCUAGACCCUCCCCUUUGAGUGAUUCAUCCUGUAACGGAUGGUUGACAGUCUGCCAGUCAAGCGACUCUACCAAUCUUGACUGUCACUCCAAAGGGAACUCUGAUCCUGUGCCCCUGGUGAACGGCUGGGAAAAGCUGCACGAGGAGGAUUGCGUAGAGGCUGCGGAAGAGAUCGCCAAUCGCAGCGGUGGAAUGAAACUAUCUGCCACAGUGAUUUUUAACCCGCAUUCUUCAUGCUUGUCUGACUUGGCCGUAGUCUUACCUCAGUCAGUGGAUGGUUUGGAGCCCGCCGAAGGUGGGGCUUUAGUUGCCACUCAGUGCCUGCUUAACUCCUGUGUGUGCUGUGCUGGCGGAUGUGUAGACAACCAUGAGGACGGCGUCACCUUGGAGCCUGCUGGACGGGGCAUCCAGGGGUUUGAUAAGCACAAGCUCACCAUCACAAGCUCCGUCAUCCAAUCAGCUGUAGGUGUUGGCAGCCCAGGGAAGGGGGACGGACAUUUACCCCUCACCCUGCCUCCUUCCCAGGGCCACCUCACCCCAUACUGUCCCAUGCAGAACCUAGCAAGAGAGGACUGUGGCAGUCAGGACUCUUCCCAGUAUCCCAGCUGUGAGAAAUGUCUGGCAGGAUUUCUUCUGGCUCAGAAUAAUAGAGGCUUGGGACAAGGGGAGAGAGGACCUAGUUGCAACCAACAGGACACGGGAUGUCAGAUGCAAACCAACACUACAGCAAAAGGGAGAUCGGAGGGUUUUGGAAAACAGGCCAAAGAAGAAAAUAAAAAGAGCUCUAGUUCUCAGGAGUCCCCCCUCAGUUCUGUCCCCAGCAGUGACAUUGAGGGUGUAACUGACACUACAUGCAGUUUAUCAAGUUCAUACACACCCAGCCCCGUCAGUAGCCUUACCAGCUCGGACAUGUCUGAGGAUCUGGAUCAUCUGGAGAUUCAUGUGGCAUUGCAGGCCGCCAAACUCGCUGCUCACAAUAAAAUUCGUUUACGUUUCCAUAGUAGUAGCGACCUCAUUCAUCGUCUUUUUGUCUGCAUAUCAGGUGUGGCUGAUCAGUUGCAAACCAAUUAUGCCAGUGAUCUGCGGAGCAUCUUAAAGACUCUGUUUGAGGUCAUGGCUACAAAAUCAGAGCAAGGGGACAAUGAGAAGCCCAAGAAAAGUCCAUGUCUGGGCAGUGCAGCACUUGAAGACUGUGCUCUCUGCCAGGAGACAAUCUCUUCAUCAGAACUUGCUGCCAAAGCCAGAGAGGGACAGUUUGAAGAUCCUCCUGAAUGGGUUCCAGAUGAGGCCUGUAAUUCCUGCAUAUCAUGUAAGGCUCCAUUCACAGUCAUCCGAAGGAAACAUCACUGCAGGAGCUGUGGAAAGAUCUUCUGUUCUCGCUGCUCAUUGCACUCAGCACCGUUGCCUAGAUACGGUCAGAUGAAGCCGGUGAGAGUUUGCACUCACUGCUACAUUUUCCACGUAACGCCUUUCUACAGUGGCAGGACUGGUAUCUGACCACAGUGCUCUCCACACACCUUACGCACACGCACACUGAGACAUAAGCACACUACAAUGAGUUUACUGAGGUUGGAUACUUCAGUAGCCAUUAGUGUAUGAUACAUGCACAUCACUUCUAACAUCAUCAUCCAAAAAAAGUGUAAAUAUUAUAAAGCACUAAAUGCAAAUACUUCAAAGCAAGAAAAAGAGUCUUGACCAGAGAACAAACAAAGAUGGACUGAAUUACGGUUGGGAAUGCCUCAUAUUAGGAAGCACAUCAAGGUAGAUCCCCUUUGCUAUGGGAUCCAAAGUUUUUUUUUUAGGGCUUUGCUUUUGAACAAUGAGCUUCAUGAAAUGCUUUAAUGGAGCAUGGAACAAGCUGGCUAUUCUGUAAAACAGAAGUGCACCUGAAAACUACACGUACAUGGCAAGACAAAACAAAAAAAAUACAGCUUGUUAGAAAGAUUUCUUCUGGCAAAGGUCCAUGGGCUCAAAUUUCCAUAGUGAAUGUAAACAGCACAUGAAAAAUAUGAAAAUAAUAAAAAUGUGACUCUUAUGAAGACAAUGAUAUUAAAGGAUAGUUCACCCAAAAAUGAAAGUUAUGUCAUCAUUUAUUCACCUUGAUGUUGUUCCAAACCCAUUUGACUUCCUUAGCAUUUUUUCCAUGCAAUGAAAGUAAAUGGUGACUGAGGCUGAAAUUUUUUAACUGGUUUGAAACGACGUGAGUGUGAGUAAAUGACAGAUUUUUCAUUUUUAGUGAACCAUCCCUUUAACACUAACUGCACCAUUACGGGAUGCUUUCGUGGUAUAGGACAGAUAGUUGAUUUUGUUUUUUUUAAAUGUUUUUAUACAUAAAAAUAAUGCUGCUUUCUGUAAAUCAGAAGUGAGAUUUCAGGAUUAGUUGAAUGGCCAAAAAAAAAAGGUAUGUGUGUAUAUAUGCUGAAAGUAUGAUUUGAUGUAUCUUCCAAAAGAGAAGAUUCUCUUAUAUUCCUAAUACCAAUGAAUGUGCAACAUUUGGAUGUUCUGUUAUUUUCUUUUUCUCCAUUAAUUUGUACUGAACUGUAAAGUUAUUGCCUUUUACAGCAGUGAGAGAGACUUUUGCUUUUCCCUCUGGUACAAAGGAACACUUUAAAGCCCCUACCUCAUCCCUUCUGAUGACUUCCUACCCCCUUACACCUUUUCACACCGCUCCUUGUUAUUAUAUUAUGUCUACACUACAGGAUCACUCAGUCAUAACUGUUUUCAACACUAAUAGGCCUUUCCUUGUCUUUAUUUUGCACAUAUGAUUUUUUUUUUUUUUUAUCUUAUCCACUGAGAUCAAUAUAUAUAGUGUCCAACCACUACUUUUUGUCUGUAAAUGUAAAAGUUAAUCUGAUUUGAACAUUUAUGAACAAUUACUUGAGCCUUCGAGCUAUAAGAAGCUCAUAUGAUUAUGUAAUCAGAGGAACACGGGUUAAUGUUGUGUAGUGUUGUUCUUGUCUAGUACCUCAAACUUUGGCUCAACAUAGGGUAGUUCACCUAAAAAUAAAAAUUCAGUCAUUUACUUACUCCCAUGUCCUUCCAAACCCAUUUGACUUUCUCGAAGAUCCAUUUGAAUUCUGUGGAAGACCAAAGUAGCCGUUUAGCAGACUGUCCAAGCUGCUUUCUCCAUACAGUGGAAGUGGAUGGGGACCAGGGACUGUCAAGCUCCAAAAAAGGACCAUAAAUGUAGUCUAAACAUUAUGUGUGCUAUAUUCCAAGUCUUCGGAUGCCAUAAGUGUGAGGAACAGACUGAAAUUUAAGUGGUUGUUCAGUAACAUCUUUCUGGGCACCAGUCUUUUUCAUUGAAUGGAAUGUGUGGACAUUCUGCUGUAGACUCCUUUUGUGUUCCGCUGAAGAAAGAACGUCAUCUGUGUUUUGAAAAACUGUAGGGUGAGAGAAUUGUCAAAUAUUCUCUCUCUUUUUCACUUUUACCUUCUGUGGCCAGCAAAACAUCUGCUUUUAUAACCCUGUCAUGUAGUCACCUUACAGACAACAAAGUGAGGAUUGAUUAAUUUUAAGGGCACAGAUUUAUAAUUAAUAUCAAUUUAAGCAGUUUCUGUAUUAAUACAAUCUGAGAUUGAGCUAAUUUAAAAAUGUGCUGCAAAAUGAUUUUUGAGCAAACACUACUAUCUGAUGCACUUUGUAUGACAAAUAGUGGAGCAUUGAAAUUUACUGUAGCUGGUAAGCAAUGCCACAUGUGACUAUUUCUUAUGUGUAAUGAUCUAAAGUUAUAGUUUUACAGUGAUCUAAAGCCUAUUCAACUGUUGGCCCAUUUGACAUUUUAGUGGUCCACGAGCUUGUCAGUUGUCUUAGGGGCUGUACACACCGAACCUGUUUUGUGUCUGUUCAGGCUGUUUUUCUUAAUUGUUUUUCUAUGUAAACUUGUGCUAGACAGACGUCGCGCCACGUCUCAAUUUUAUUACAGUGCCUCAUUUAGAGGUUGCACUACAAAUAAAAAUGAUCCGUCAUUUUGACUACAUUUAUUGAUUUAAAGAACUAUAAUCAAAGAUGACUGACUAGCGUGAGUUUGGAGAAACAGAAAAGUUAUAUUUAUUAAUUUGAUCAAGAAAACAAUCGAUUUGAAAUGUCAAACGUUAAAAUCAUUGCAUUUAUAACAAACUGCACUGUUAUUGUUCAAUAAAAUGUUUAGGAUCAGUCU